ACCAAGUUUCAUUUGGUGAUUGAUCUUGUUUUAGCCACACUGUGAGUUUGAUAUCUCAAGCAGAAGAACAAGAAGCAAUUGCACCAUAGCAGCAAUGUUGAGAAUUUCUCAUUUACGAGUGGGAGUGGCAAUUUCAAAACCCUCUUCAAUUUCCACUCUUCCUUCAAUUUCCUUCUCCUCUUCUCCUUCAUCUUCUCAUUCCCACCUCACCUUCAUCCCAAAAACCUUCCUUUUCCGUCCACCUUCGCUUCCUCUCUCACCCUUUACUUCCAUCAUGGCUCCCAAAGCAUCAGCUUCAUAUAGCACUGGGAGUAGUAGUGGUGAAGGUGGUGGUGAAAGGGAAAUAUUGGUGCAGCAUUUGUUGGUGAAAGAAGAGGACCAGAAGCUUCUGUUGGAUCUUCUGCAGAGAAUCUCUAAAGGUGAAGAUUUGAGUGAUCUUGCUGUGGAGUAUUCAAUUUGCCCAUCCAAAGAUGAAGGAGGGAUGCUUGGGUGGGUGAGAAAGGGACAAAUGGUUCCUGAAUUUGAGGAAGCUGCAUUUGGAGCACCUUUAAACAAAGUUGUAAGGUGCAAGACACAAUUUGGAUGGCACCUGCUGCAGGUUUUAUCUGAAAGGGAAGAGUCAUUACUUCAAGACAUUCAACCUGCUGAGCUGCAUGCAAAAUUUCAAGAUCCUAACUUCUCAGAGGAGGCACAGUUAAUUGAUGUUCGAGAGCCUGAAGAAGUGGACAAAGCAUCUUUACCAGGAUUUACAGUUCUUCCUCUCCGACAGUUUGGAACCUGGGGGCCUGAAGUAACAACCAAAUUUGACCCUCAGAAGGAUACAUAUGUUAUGUGUCACCAUGGCGUGCGGUCAUUACAGGUGUCCAAGUGGUUGCAGUCACAGGGUUUUAGGAAAGUAUACAAUGUUUCUGGGGGAAUCCAUGCCUAUGCUGUCCAGGUUGAUCCAUCAGUCCCCAAGUACUGAUUUUACAUCAUUCUGCCAUCAAUGCAUUCCUUUACUUUUCCCCUCCCUUCAUGUAACAAAUGUUCCAUGUUUUUACAUGAGAGCCAGAUUUUGUGGAUGACCAUGUCACCUAUAGGAAUUGGAAAUUUUUUAUGUGAACAAAUUACACUGAAGGAAACACUUAAUUAUUGCUCUGAUGUGCUCUCCUUGACUUCUAGACCAAUAAAUAUUGGUAUAGACAUUCAUUUGUUUAUUUUUUGAUCAAGAGUUGAACUAGAAACCUUCUUGUUUCAAUUUUAAGGGCUACAAAUUUUGUAGAGUUGGUCUUGGCAGUAAAGGUGGUUUGUUUUUA